AAUGGAUACGGUGUGAUUUCACCCAUUUUUAUUGUGACUAUUUCCUUUUCUUCCCUCUUGAAAAGUAGUAGUAAAUGUUAUAUUUUCUCUUAAAUUAUGAAUAAAUAGCGAUUUAUCGUCGGAAAAGAAAGGUCGCCGCAAAAAGGAGAAUCUAUUCUCCCGCCAUACCUCUCACUAUAUAGCCUCUGAUCUCAUCAGUUAUCAAUCUCACGCUGGGGUUUAAAAGGGGAAGAAAUCAAAACACUGAUUUGAUUUUGAAGCUAACACAAUACUCUUCGGAUCAUGGCUUUCUGGGGCGUGGAGGUGCGGCCUGGGCAGCCGAUAACGCAUUCCUGUGAGAAGGCAAGAGGAAGACUUCGGAUUUCGCAGGCGACAUUGGGAUUUGGCGAGUCUUUAAAGAGCUCUGUCGUACAGUGUAAUGUGGGUAAUAAAAGCCCGGUUCUGCUCUGCGUGCUGCUACCAGGCCGAGUGGAGUCAUCCCAUGUAGAAUUGGAAUUUGAGGAGGCGGAUGAUGUGAUUUUUUCUGUUGUUGGUCCACGAAGUGUGUACCUCAGUGGCUAUUAUAUCCGUCAAAAUGGGCGGUCAAAUAGUCGAAGUGAUACAGAGUCGUAUGGUGUGGAUAUUGAACACUCCCCCACAGAUCGAUCUAAUUACAAUAGUGAUGAUGAUGAUGGAUAUGAGGACAGUUUCAUUAAUGAUGACGAAUUACAAGUUUCUUCACCAGGGUCCCAUAUUUUUUAUAGCAAAGGAAUGGAUGAGGUUAUGCCAGAAAAAAAUAAGUCGAAGAGCAAAAAGGGUCGAAGUAAACUACGUAGGAAAAAACAAUGGAUGAUUGAAUCAGAUAAUGAUGUGAGUUCACCCCAAAAGGAAGAUGAGGCUGGAGAAAUGGAUGAUGAGAGUAAAAGAGAUGCAAAAUGUGACGUUGGAGAAUCGGAUGAUGAGGCAAAAGAUGAUGAUAUAUAUGGUAGUGAAACAAAGCAAGAAGUUGAUCCUCUAGAUAUCAGUGACAAAACAGAAAGGGUGACACAACAGCCAUCAUUGGAUGAAGAAGGGAUAGAGGUUAAUGAGAUGCAGUCUCUUGAUCAGGAAAAGCCCACAAAAAAAAGAAAAGAAUGCCUUCUGACAGAGAGAACCAGUGAAGUUCAGACCGAUAAUGAGGAUCCUAGUGUUCCCAGAGAGUGUAAAGAGAAUGAAGCUGAGGCCUCAUCUGAUCUCAUGGGAGUUGGUGGAGAUCAUUUGAUGAGAGCUCUAGAAUUGGACUCUGCAAAUGGCCAAAAAUCAAAAAAGAGACGGAGUGAACUGUUGGGAGGAGAACUUACAGAAGGAACUGAUGAAAAAUAUCACAAUAUUAGUGAAGAUUUAUUUGAUCAAGGUUCACUACAUACUGACAAUGUCACAAAACAUCUGCCAGCUGCAAAUGGAGACGGUGAACAGAAACAGAAGCAAGAAGAAACCAGUAUGGAAAAAUGUGGCGUGGAAUGUCACAAUGUGCAGAGUGAUGAUGAAGUCAUGCAAGACGUACUUGCUGAAAGAAAAUCAGACUAUCUGCCGGCUGAAAUCAUGCAAGAAGUAUGUGUUGACAGUAAAAAAGAUGAUCUGCCUGCUGAAGUCAUGCAAGAAGAACACAUUGACAGAAAAAUAGAUGAUCUUCCGGCUGAAGUCAUGAAAGAAGAACAUGCUGAAAGAAAAUCAGAUGAUCUGCCAGCAUCAAAUGAAGACAAUAAAGAGGGCCAGAUUGAUAGAAAUAUUAGCACAAAAUCUGAGUUACUAGUUAAUGACAGUCAACCUGAUAAGAUCAAGAAAAAGAAGAAGAAGAAGAAGACUAAAGACAAGAAAGAUUUGAACAUGAGUGCCACUCAAAUGUCAGAUAAUCAAGACGCUGAGACUGAGACGGAGACUGAGAGCACUAAAAUAGUGGCACUCGAUACGAGGACCUUAUCAAGUGGGUUGACUAUUAAAGAGUUGAGAAGUGGACCACCAGGUGGGAAAGUGGCUGCUCUGGGCAAAAAGAUCAAAAUCUAUUACAGUGGUAUGUUGAUGGAGACUGGGCAUGUUUACGACUCAAAUGUGGGUAAAUCUGCCUUCAAGUUUGUGUUAGGUGAUGAAGAAUAUAUUGACGGAUGGAAUGUUGGUAUUGAUGGUAUGUGUGUUGGUGAUAAAAGGAGGUUAAUCAUUCCACCUUCAAUGGGUUAUGGAGAUGUUCAAGUAGGAGAAAAUAUUCCGCCAAACUCAUGGCUUAUCUACGACAUUGAGUUGGUGAGAGUGUAUGGCUAACUUCUGUUUUGUGUGGCUUCAAUUCCCUUCCCUUCUGGCUUGACACUCUUGACAUCGUGGAAGAAACGAGGAUUGAAGCAGAUAAGAUUCUUGUAAUGGGGUCUGAAACUAGGUUGAGAGUUGAAAAUGUUAAACAAGGGUAAAACCUUGCUUCUUUUUGCCGUUUUGGUCUUGUACAGAAAAAUUACUUCUGCGCAAAACAAUGGUGGUAAGGAUUGGUAGUUAUUGUAAAAUCUCAAUAUCUGAUGGCCUCUUUUGCACCUUGAGAA